ACUUAAUUUGGAAAGGCGCCAGGAUAAUUAGCAUGUAAAUUAUCAGGAUGUCUAAGCCGGAGUGCUAACUGGCUACUGCGUUCGGAAGUUUUGUAGCCUUUUAAAUAUUUUACUUUUAAAAAAUUAUAGUACUUUUUUCAGAAAUUAACCACAUAAACUUGAAAAUUUCCCCUUUGCUCUUAAUACAUCGCAAAUGGCGCUAACUGUACCACCUGCAAGUGACUCAAUAAUCAAGUCUGCAACCCGAUGGCCAUAAUUAAAUUUAACUUGCACCCAAAAACCCGAAAAGCCUUGUGUAACCUAAAUGUUGAAUGAUAUUUUAAUCGGGGUUUUAUUUAGAUCAUAAUUUAAAAGAAAUGGCGGUGCAGAGAAACAGGAACGCCUCUAACCAUCACAGCGGAUAACACGCAGACUCAGCACACGGGCUCCUUUAAUUUCUGACAGAGCAGGACACCCUUCAAGUCCUGUUCAGCCAAUUAGCACCACCUUGAUUUGCAUUUGCCCCGCCUGGUCCUGCCACAGCAUCAGAAGGUAACUUUAAGUUGUCUCCUGCGGUGCUGACAGGUACUCCGGGGUCGGGGCUUUUCACUGACUGUAGCUGAGGGGCGAGCAGUAACUGAAAUGGAUGAUGCCAUGCGCCCGCUAAGACUACAGAGUCCCAAAACCAGAGUGCUGUAAUCAGUACUCUGGCAGUGGGGGUCUCCUAUCAGCUUUGCAUUACAUCCCCAGCAGAUGUGCAGGCUGCAGGCAGCAGCCCGUCUUUGUCGCUCUGCAACUCUCUCAAGUCUCUGAAAGACUCAUCUCUGCCUGCAUCUGUGUGGUUGAUCUGUCACCAUGAAGCACCAGUCUAUUUCCCGAUGGUUGAGUCAGCUGGGACUGCCACAGUACUGCACAGCACUGGAGCAGGAGUAUGAUGGCGUAGAGGAUCUGCUUCACCUCACAGAGUAUGACCUCUUGGAGCUUGGAGUCCACAAUCAUCUCCACCGCCUGCACCUUCUUACUUCUCUACGCCUCCUUCAAGAGCGAGAGAGGAGGAGAGAGUUGAGGAUGAUGGCAGAGGGGCGUUUUGCUAGUCUGCCCAGGUCUCUUCAAGCACACCACACCCUGGGAGGAGGCACAGGCCACUCUGGAGUACCCAGCAGCCCUCUUGGUGCCCCAAGCAGUAAUACCUGCUCCGCCAGGAGGCACCAGGCGUCUCUCACAUCCUCCAUGGAUCUUCUCAGCUCCAGACCUGGUCUCCAUCCAGGCCACUAUGGCAGCCUAUCAGAAAAGCCAGCUGCCGCCUACCAGCCAAUCUCUAUUCAUGGGACUCUGCCUCGGCGCAAGAGAGGAGGGGUCAACCUCGCCACACAUGGAAACUACACCUGGGACCCCAAAGCCAAUCACACAGAGCCUUUAAUUUAUGAGAAUGCAUUACUGGCUGCUGAGUACCCUCAUCAGUCCAUGACCUCUUCACUGGUCCAAAAUAUCGCUGAUGACUUCCAUGGUUACAGGGAGCCUGCAGCCGGGCCCGACGCCACAGUGGACUACGUUAAGUUCUCCAGAGAUCAGUUCAUCCUGGACUGUCCUUCAGAGAAACUUCGCAAGGAGCUCGAGGAAGAACUGAAGAUGGACUGCGAGGAGCCGAGAAGUCACGCGUGGUACCACGGAUCGAUUCCCAGACAGGUUGCAGAAAAUCUGGUGCAGCGAGAUGGAGACUUCCUGAUCCGUGAUUCGCUGUCCUUACCAGGAAGUUACGUUCUCACAUGCCAAUGGCGAAACACUGCUCAGCACUUUAAAAUUAACAAGAAGGUAGUGAUGCUGAAUGAAGCUUACUCCAGAGCUGAGUACCGCCUAGACAGAGAAGGUUUCGACAGUAUCCCUGCACUCAUCAGAUACUAUGUUGGCAACAGAAAACCUGUCUCACAGGUGGUAGGGGCCAUCAUCUUCCAGCCAAUCAACCGAGGGCUGCCGCUGCGCUGCUUAGAGGAAAAGCACGGACUGUCGAGCAGUCACCGGGAGAGGCUGAUGUCGCAGGAGAGGCGGAACCAGAAACGCCUCAGCCUCAAUAUUACCAACGGACACGCAUACGACAACACACAGGCCGCGCACGACAGCACACACUGCCAGGACAAUGGCAUUGCCCGAGGCAGCCAGCUCAGGUUGAAGGAUCGCUGCGGCAGCCAACCAGCAAGUCUCAAUCAAGUCCAGGAGCGGCGACACCCACUCAAGGCGCACCAAUCAGAAAGCUUCCUUCCUCUUGGAUCCAAACCGCAGCCCCUGCAGACACCUGACUCGCUCCUUCCCAGCCCAAACUCCAAGUCGCCGGUGUUUCGGACAGGCAGCGAGCCACUGCUGAGCCCCUCUUUCCCACGGAGAUCAGCAGAGCCUCUAGCAGGCCAAGCGAUCCGGGGCUCUGACAGCCAGCUGUGUCCUAAACCGCCUCCCAAACCCAGCAAGGUUCCUCUGGCUAGGCUGGCUCACUCCUCUUGUCCUCAGGCUAGAGUUCCCUCCUCCAGCUCCUCAAACCUCACAGACACCUCCUGUGUCUCUCCCAGACUGGCUGCACCUCCACAGGAGCCCAGACGUGUAGAAACCCCUGAUUCUUCCUGGGCGAGUGGAGCCACUGCAGGCCCUCCUGUUCCUCCAGUGAAGCCCCUGAAAUUGCAACAUCUACGGCCGCCUGCAGACUCCCGCUGCUCCUCUGGGUCUCUAGUUUCACCUGCUGAUGCUGCUAAGUGUCCAGAUUCAGAGACAAUAACAGGACAGGGUGAAAGACUGCAGCCCAGCCCUGCAGACCUGAGGUCCUGCAGCCCUCUGGAGUGGGAGUCGUCUAACUCGCCUAACCCCAUCACAGACCACAGCCGUGAAGCUCAGCUAACACUCUGCAGCUAUGUGGAAAGACUGAAGAGAGAAGGGGAGACGGGGAAAGAGGAGGAGGAGGUGGCAGGAGACAGAAGCUCCUACCAUCAUGCUAUCGCAGCCUUGGAAAACACCAGUGAAGAAGAGGAUGAAGAUGCAGGGAAAGACGAGGAGAAAGAUAAGAGGAGGAAAAAAGAGAGGAGUAGUUUUCAGCGGCCUGUCAUAGAGACGGAGUCCAUGUUCAGGCCAGCAGAGUUCGACUCGCGACUUCUGCCUCUAGAAAACAAACCACUGGAGAUGGCGGUUCUGAAGAGAGCAAAGGAGCUGGUGCUCAGCCACAAUCACCACAGCAUAGCCAGACACCUGCUGAUGGCUGACUGCCAGGUUGCCAGGAUACUGGGAGUGACUCCAGAGCUUAAAGGUCAAAUGGGCGUGUCCUCCGGUCUGGAGCUGGUGACACUGCCGCACGGUCGUCAGCUGAGGCUGGACCUGAUGGAAAGGCACCACACCAUGGCAAUAGCUGUUGCUGUGGAUAUUCUGGGAUGUACGGGUAGCGUGGAGGAGCGGGCUUCCACUUUAAAUCGCCUCAUUCUGGUUGCUAUAGAGCUGAAGGACACGGUUGGUGACCUGUUUGCUUUCACAGCCCUGAUGAAAGCUCUGGACCUGCCUCAGAUCAGUCGUUUGGAGGAAACAUGGACGACUCUACGAAGGAACUUCACACAGACCGCUAUCAGCUACGAGAAAACACUCAAGCCUUUCUACAAGAAUCUGUACGAAGGCACCGCCUCCUCUCCCCCGGUGGUCUGUGUGCCCCUCCUCCUGCCACUCCUCACGUUGAUGGAGCGUCCUUCAAUUGCACCUGACGGGGUGGAGCUCUGGGAGACCAGCGACCAGGGCUGUGACAUCAUGCUGCGCCACCUGGAGGCUGCACGCAACGUUGCACGCAAUGCGCAAAGCUACACUGCCAAUGCACAGAAGAUCUUACAAGGGUUUCAGUGUGACGACGAUCUGCUCGAAGUGUUUAAGACAGACUUUCAGCUGCGACUGCUCUGGGGAAGUCGCGGAGCUGCGGUCAACCAAUCAGAUCGCUACAACAAAUUCAACCUCAUCCUCACUGCAUUGUCACGGAAACUGGAGCCUCCAUCUACAACACCAACCAUAAUCUGACUUCUUCUACGCGAACACAGCAGAACGGAAAAGACAGGAAGUGAUUAGUGAGCGAAUCAGGAUCAUCAGGAGCGUCACUGUUCUCUGAAGGCGCUCAGCAGCACUACAGGGGGAACGUUCACCUUCAGGUCAAUGUGCUCUGAUGGAAUGUGAGCCAAAGCCGUGCUCAUUUCAUUCAUGAAAAGCUUCAGAACAUCUGUGCAAACAGAACUCCUUUUCAGUCCAGAUGUUCACUGUCCCGUCAGGUCAGCUUUAAUUAUGUAGCCCAAUAUUACACAUCCCAAGUUUGCCUGAUGGCUUUUUAGAGUGAAACAGCUUCUGAUUCCCUUUGUCUGAGAAAAGGAUUAAGGGGAAUAAAUGCAAAUUUUAGGAAGGAGAAAGAAUGAAUUUACAGUAUGGACAAUCACGAGAAAAACCUUUACAGCUUAAGUAGUUUCAGUCAAAUAAAACACUGGAAAGCUCCAAAAAUAUUACCGCUGUCACGACACACUAGACUGAAAAGUGAUGGCUGCACCCAAACACCUCAGACACAUCUUACUUUUAACUUUUUAAAAUCAGGCUGAUGCAGUGGAAGUUAUUUCAGGAAAGGAUGUGAAGACUGGUUCACUUUUAAUCACAUUGAUAAGUUAAUAUCACAUGGAUGUGUUUAACUUCGGGACAGUGGAUUUGAGACUAACUUAGGUAAACUCAAUUCAUACUCAUUCAUGUUCAUUCAUUUUCAGUGGAACAGCUGUCCAUCGUUUCCAGCUGUUUUAGUCGGUCUUUAUCACUGUUUUGAAAAUUAGAGUGUAUAGGAGGUAACAAGAAAAGUGUGUGUGUACCGUCUGUACUCAAAUCACUUGUGCGUCUAACAUUAGAAUGACUGACGAGCAGCAGCACGGUGAUGCGGCGGUCAUCUCACAGCAUGUGGGCCUUUGCUCCCUGUGCUUGCAUGGGUUUCCUUGCACAGUCCCAAGACAUGCACUUCAGGUGAAAUAGUCUUUCUACACUGACUGUAGGUGUGGUUGUCUCUCUGUGUUCAGGGUUUAAAUGUCCUGGUAAAAAAAAUAAAUUAAUAACGCCACAUUGUCGUUCUCAUACUGCACAUUGCUCCAGCAGCUGUUUUUAGCCUUUCUCUGCAGUGAUCUCUUUAAGAUGGCUAACGUGUGUGUGUGUGGUCAUUUCUGUCAGAUGAAGUUGCUCGAUGUCGUCAGUGUAAAGUAGCAGGUUGAAAAAUGUCACAACACCCGCGGCACCUGAACAAGUGAUAGAGGAAAAGGACGGAUGAUUUCCAUCAGUCUUAAAGUUUGUGUCAAAAUUGUAUUUUUGUUCUGUUUUCUGUUAGCCUCAUUAGCUUUGCACUAUUAUGCUGGUAUGUUACAUAACAACAAAUAUAUAUAAUAAUCAGGGCACUUUAAAUCUAUGUGGCCAUUUGCUACAAACACCGCUCACCCAGCAAUAAAAGAGGUAAAUAUUUGAGAUGAUCAAUUCUUCCACUCAGCAGGUGACAGAAGGAAUCCACAGGUAAUCAUUUUUGCAGAAAGUCAUGAUCCUAACUCUGUGUGCCUGAGUAACAUGGGUCAGGUGUGCUUUUGUGUUUGUACAGACACACACGCAGAAAUAAUGGAAAUAUGUUAAUAAGUGAGACAUUAAAGCUGUACAUAUUUAAAGCAUGUUAAUAAUAGACUGUAAAUACUUUCUGUAGAUGACUGUUUAAAAAAAAGAAAAGAAAAAAGAUGCUGAUGAAUUUUAAUAUGUUUAUAUUAUUAUGAACUACUGUGGUAAGAUUAAAUAAAUGCCAUAAGCACGAUCUGGAGAAGUUGAGCGUGUAACCAUUGAAUGUGUGCACUGUCAUUGUUCUGAAAUCUUCCAGAAACUUCCACUGAAACAACUCCACUUCUUUUCAAUGCUGCUUAUUUUAUUAGAACAAUAUUCUGAGAGAAGAAAAAAAGCAUUUUGUUCACAAAGUGUCCAAAGACAUUCAAAGUAAAAAGAUGUGCACAACAAUACGAAAAGAGAAGUACUGCAAUUGGUUACAACAUGGUAGAAACACAGAUUUACAUGUUAACAUCCUGCUAAAGCACCUUGUACCUGCUGUUCUUGCAUUUCUUUCUGAUUUUAAAUAAAAAAAGUUUAAACAGCUGGAAAGUAUCUUUACAUGGUUGCUGGAUACAAAGUUUCCACAGGACAAAAACAGGAAUGUGGAGAACAUAUGGUUUUUGCUGGGUAGUGAACAGCACCACGCUCACAGUGUUAUUAAAAAAACAAACCGUUUGUACAUAAAACUUACUGCAGAUUUAAUAUAGCGUCAAAGCUCAAUUGUUAUUUAGUACUUUUGCAUUAUAUUCAGAGUUACAGCACAGUGUCCAUUAGAAUACACAGUUUUAUGCAUAUAUUUGGAGUCUGGUGUGUUUUCUCUCUUGCAAACUGCUGCAUCACUCAGCAGCUUUAAAGGGACGGCACGCUCCAAACGGGCCUUGAGCCAAACCAAAGUGCAGCUGUCACAUUUAAAGCAUCACAUCUAGUUAAGGGUUUGCAUGAAAUGCUUACCAUUCUAAAUGCUCCGCAACAUAAAUGUUAUCAAAACUUUAAUCGUAUUCCUGUUGGAAGUUUAUCGCACUCAACAUGAUUUCGCCGUCUGACAAUAAUGGCCUGAGGGUUAUGGUGGGGUAAGUUUGAAUGCUGAAACAAUCAGUGGAACAUUCAAGCUUCUCAUAUGUGAAGCUAACUGGAAGUCAUAUCUUGCAGUGUGUUGCAACUCGUUCAUAAUUGUUAGACUUGACUGUCACAAAUUAUUAUCCGGCGAUUAAAAACUAUUACCUGUGGUCUUCACAGCUUUAAAGCAGAAACUGGAUGACCUGAUAUGACUGCAUUAACACUGGAACAAAAAAGUCA